AUGUCUCGACCGCCACAGCGGAUUUAUCACCGACAGCCACAGCAGACACCCUCAGCUCUCACAUACUCAACCAUGCCUCAGCAGAACCAGCAGAAGACCUUGAUCAAAACGGAAGUCCCAGACCAAGACACUCCCAAAGAUUUCAGUUACUCCCGCUUUGUAACCAACGAAUGGUGGUCAGUCAAGUCUGGCUGUAGGACUCAUAAUGAAGCACACACCAGGGCUGGAGGGUUUCUCGCGGGAAAUAAGGAAGAUAUGCACAAGCUCACCGACUUGGUCCACAAGUUCAAGAAGGUGAAGUCGGCAGAGGUGCCAGAUAACUUUGUGUGGUGUCCGUGGUUUUGUGAUGAUCAGAAUAUCAAGUUUGCGGAGGAGGCGAGGGGGGGGUGUUGGCCGCGGGUUGAUGGUACGCCGGUGCUUAGGAGGGUCACGAGCAUUGAGAUGCAUGGCUUGGGCCUUCCCAUUUCGAUCCUGUUAUCACCUGAGGCAGACAUGGUUCCGAGGGAUCAGCAGCAGCUCAUCUUGCCCCAGCAAGUUCAAAAUCCAGCUGUUGCAACCCCACAGUCAGACCUGACCGCAGUCAGCGAGCCCUUGCACCGCGAGCAUUCUGCUGUUCAGGACACAGUCGCCCAAAACGAGCGAAAGACUCCCCCAACCGAUGGCAACCAGCAGGCCAAACCAGUCCACAGCAACAAUAUCAACCAACCCGUCAUAAGUGGCCCUGGGUGUUCUGGGGCCGGGGCUCGAGUUGGUCAGAAUCUCAUGAAGGAAGCUGCAUUCCGAGGGGCGGAAGCUGCAGCCAUGCUGGUAACCACCGAGGCCUUGCCGCAAAAUACCGCAUUCGGGAAACAGCUUACCCCCGUGGCAAUGGGCAGGGAGUUAGCACAAGCGCGAUGCAGAUUCCUGGCGAGGUUGAUUGCUGAGAGAAUCCUUCGAGAACCCGAGUUCAACGAGCCUGAUCAUGCUUUCCAACGGGGAAGUAUCAAAACCCUACAUUAUCUUCUUUACACCGAAGCAUGGCGCACCGGACGCGUUUUGGGCCUGCGGUUUGUGGGGGGACCGUUGGGUAACCGAGAUGCUGCCACCAUCUCACAGAUUGAACAUUUGAUGCACGAGAUUCACUGGAGGGUUGCGAGGACCUUUUCUCGUACACAAGGGGCUUGA